AUGACCAUGUACAGCCGACGACCACGACCCUACAGUAUCGACGACAAUAUGAUGCACAACCGGAGGGGUGUCGUUUACAAUUUGAAUGAAGCUGGGAUUGCUAGGAUUAUUAUGGACAAGGAGAAUUCGACGUUUCAGGGAAUUCUCGAAACCCGAGGUGGAGAAGUCUUCUCCCUUCGCGGCCAAAUCAACCCGGCGGAUGGACUGAAAAAGGGGAAUGAAGGCCAGUUAAUGGAGAUCUAUCUCGUUGAUGGUGAGGCCGGCACGUCGUUUCAGUUGGACAAAGUGCCGGUGCUGGCUGAUGGGCAACAUUUGAAUAUUCAACAUACGGCUAUCAAUUUUGUAUCUAAAGAGCGUUUGGUGGGAGUUAGAGCCCUCCAAGAAGUGCAGCAAUUUUUUAACCCGGAAAGCUUAACCCAAGCCGGGAUGGAGGUUUAUGUCGGUCCCAUGCAAGUUCAGCUAAUGGCCAGCAAGCGAACCCGGGCCCCCAGUCGCCGCGAAAGUCUCUCAACCGACGCCAGUGUCACAAUUCUUGAACUUUCCGAUGAUUUUUUGGCC